GUUUUAUUUGCUUUAUUAGCUUAGUUUUAGAUUAUUUCCUCUAGACUUCCUCCUCCUCCUCUCUCUCUUGGCAAUCGAUUUCUUUACAUUUCUCUUCUCAUCUGACGACUGCAUAAUUUGCUUUCCUUAUAAAGCUCGGUGGCUUUUGUUGACAUCACAAUGGCUGUAUCUGCAAUUGGAUUUGAGGGUUACGAAAAGAGGCUUGAAAUUGUUUUUUUUGAGCCCGGCAUCUUUGCUGACCCCGAAGGGAAGGGUCUUCGGGCAUUGUCUAAAGAUCAGUUGGAUGAGUUUCUAGGCCCGGCUGAGUGCACUAUUGUUUCUUCAUUGUCAAACAACUUUUUGGACUCCUAUGUCCUUUCUGAGUCCAGUCUCUUUGUCUAUCCAUACAAGGUCAUUAUAAAAACGUGUGGGACUACAAAGCUGCUUCUUGCUAUCUCUCCUAUCUUGAAACUUGCGGGCAGUCUUUCUCUUUAUGUAAAAUCUGUUCGGUACACCCGUGGAAGUUUCAUAUUCCCUGGUGCUCAAUCAUAUCCUCACAGAAGUUUUUCUGAAGAAGUUGCUAUUCUUGAUGAAUACUUUGGUAAGCUUGGAGGAGGUAGCAAAGCUUGUGUAAUUGGUGGACUGGACAAUAAAAAAUGGCAUGUUUACUCUGCAACUGCAGAAUCAGUUCCCACCAAUGAUCCAGUUUAUACUUUGGAGAUGUGCCUGACUGGUUUAGACAGUCAAAGAGCUGCUGUUUUCUACAAAGAUCAAACAUCUUCUGCUGCCAUGAUGACUGUUGAUUCUGGCAUAAGGAAGAUCCUUCCGAAUUCUAACAUUUGUGAUUUUGAAUUUGACCCAUGUGGUUAUUCCAUGAAUGCAAUUGAAGGUUCUGCAAUCUCUACUAUUCAUGUUACUCCAGAAGAUGGUUUUAGUUAUUCAAGUUUUGAAGCUGUGGGAUAUGACAUGAAAGUAGUAGAUCUGAAGCAGCUUGUUGAACGGGUGUUGGCAUGUUUCAAGCCGAAUGAUUUCUCUAUUGCUGUGCAUGUUGAUGUUGUGGGUCAGUCACUUGAGCAAAUCUGUUUGUCGGAUGUAAAAGGAUACUGCUGUGGUGAAAUGAAUAUUGAAGGGCUUGGUACUGGAGGAUCCAUUAUGUACCAGAAGUUCAGCGUUGGGAGUUGUGGAUCCCCAAGAUCAACCUUGAAAUGCUGCUGGAAAGAUGAAGAAGAGGAGGAAGAUUAGUUCUCUUUAUUAUGCGUUGUGUUGGUUUUAUGUUUUCUAUUUCAAAUAAAUUGCUCGUGAGGGCAUGGCGUCGUUCAAUUCGUGUGUUAAUUACUAGAUAUGUAUCUUGAUAUGAUGCAAGUGUAAUUUCCGUGGCA